CGUGGCUGGUGGUCAAGGACAAGGAAAUGAUCUUACACAAUUGUCAUCUCCUCGAGGAGUCGUUGUCGAUCAAUUGGGCACUGUCUAUGUGGCUGAUUGGAGGAAUGAUAGAAUCAUGCGUUGGCCUAAAGGAGCCACACAAGGAAGUGUCAUUGUUGGUGGAAACGGUAGUGGAGAACAAUCGAAUCAACUCAAUUGGCCCGUCGGUUUGUCAUUCGAUCGACACGGUAAUCUCUAUGUCGUCGAUUGGAGAAAUCAUCGAGUACAAAAAUUCGAUAUGGAUUCAAAUGCAUAG